UCUCUUUCUCUCUCCCUCUCGGCUGCUGCUGGCCUGGGAUGCCCCACUCCAAGGGUACCGGAAAACCCCUUUUAAGCCCCACUUGCCAGCAGAGAGCAGCCACAUCUGCGAGCCAGAGCCACACAAAAAGUUCUGGUCCUUCCAGCUGCGCGGGAUUCCCAGGUUGAACUCUUCCGGGAAACUUUGCUUCACAGCUCCUCUUGCGAAAUCAAGCGGGCCCUCCCUCCUCUCUUUGGCUUAAAGGCGAGAGCCUGGAGCCAGCGCAAAGCACAGGCUGGCUACCUCCUUCUGCAAGCCUAGAGAGCAGAGCCCACCGCAGCUGCAUCAGACCAACGCCCCUCCGGGCGCCUCUCAGGCAGUAAUGGAGAAAACAUGUGCAGAUGAGUUUCCUCUGACUACCAACUCCUCAGAAAAGCAAGGGAUUGUCUGCAUUUUCGGAACAGGGGAUUUUGGGAAAUCACUGGGACUGAAAAUGCUUCAGUGUGGCUAUUCUGUUGUUUUUGGGAGUCGAAACCCCCAGGUGUCCAGCCUCCUGCCCAGGGGGGCAGAGGUCCUGUGCUAUUCGGAAGCAGCAUCAAAGUCUGACAUCAUAAUCCUGGCCAUACACAGAGAGCACUACGAUUUCCUCACAGAACUGGCUGAUUCUCUCAAAGGAAAAGUAUUGGUAGAUGUCAGUAACAACCUCAAAAUCAAUCAGUAUCCAGAAUCAAAUGCUGAGUACCUUGCUCAACUGGUGCCAGGAGCCCACGUGGUCAAAGCAUUUAACACCAUCUCAGCCUGGGCUCUCCAGUCAGGAACACUAGAUGCAAGUCGACAGGUGUUUGUCUGUGGAAAUGACAGCAAAGCCAAGCACAGAGUGAUGGAUAUUGCCCGUACUCUUGGACUCACCCCACUGGAUCAAGGAUCUCUCAUGGCAGCCAGCGAAAUUGAAAACUACCCUCUGCAACUAUUUCCAAUGUGGAGGUUCCCUUUCUACUUGUCCUCUGCGCUGUGCGUCUUCUUCUUUGUGUACUGUGCUAUACGAGAAGUGAUAUACCCCUACGUGAAUGAGAAGACGGAUGCUUCGUUCCGCCUGGCUGUUUCCAUCCCGAAUCGCGUCUUUCCUAUAACAGCACUUACACUGCUUGCCUUAGUGUACCUCCCUGGUAUUCUGGCCGCCAUUCUGCAGCUCUACCGAGGCACAAAGUACCGCCGAUUCCCAAACUGGCUUGACCAUUGGAUGCUUUGCAGAAAGCAGCUGGGCUUGGUAGCUCUGGGGUUUGCCUUCCUUCAUGUCGUCUACACACUCGUGAUUCCUAUCCGUUACUACGUACGAUGGAGGCUGAGAAACGUAACCGUUACUCAGGCCCUAGCUAAUAAAGACAGCCCAUUUGUUACCACUGUUGCCUGGCUUAAUGAUUCCUACUUGGCGCUGGGAAUCCUGGGAUUUUUUCUGUUUCUCCUCUUGGGAAUCACUUCCCUGCCAUCAGUAAGCAACAUGGUCAACUGGAGAGAGUUCCGGUUUGUCCAGUCCAAACUGGGUUAUCUGACCCUGGUCUUGUGCACAGCUCACACUUUGGUAUACGGUGGAAAGAAAUUCCUCAGCCCUUCGAUUCUAAGGUGGAGCCUUCCGUCAGCCUACAUUUUGGCACUCAUCAUCCCCUGUACAGUGUUGGUGAUGAAGUUCAUCCUCAUCUUGCCAUGCAUAGACAAGACCCUCACGCGCAUCCGUCAGGGCUGGGAAAGGAACUCAAAACACUCACAAUCAGCACUGAAUGGAAAAUCGGAUAUUUAAACAGUUGAAUUUGCCGGGAUAUGUGUAUUAUUGUAGUAAAUGUUUAGCGCAUAAUGUGUCCAGUUACAAGAAAGCGUUUUCUCUCGUCAUGGUCAGGGUCCUAACUUUAUCAUCACAGUAGAAAAUGUUGCCUGACUUUGAAAGACCAGAAUAGCAAGGGAGCCCCCCCCUCGGUCACGUGAUGACUCACUGCAGGCCUCCCUCACUUCCUUUCCCAGAAACCACGGGGAUGCCACUGUGAUUAGAUUUACAGGUCUGUACUCCGAAACUUCUUGACUGUGGGCAACAUGCAUGAUGAAAUGUUUUGCAGAGUUCUGGAAGAGUGUGUGCAACUUCCUUCUCUAAUUCAAAAAGAAAGCAACACUGUGAGAAAGCAACACUGUGGUCAUACUAAAGGUUUUGCUCGGCAUACCUAAAGAAAAAACCCAAGGGAAGUAGACAGAGAGAGGAUUUGUUUGUUUCCUGGAUGGAGUGGUGAUCAUAAGUAUUGUCCUACCGAUCUGGGGGUGUUUGGGGUUUGGCUAUAGUGUUAAAUGCUGUCUUACUGAGCUACACACACCCCAGCCUGCCAUAGUGAGUGUGUAUUCAUGUGUACACACGCCCUAGCCUGCCAUAGUGAGUGUGUAUUCAUGUGUACCUCUUGAUUUUUUUUGCUUUUACCAAUAUGGAUACUUACUAUGGGGAAAUAUUUUAUACUGCAACAAAAAUUUAACAGUUGGUUUGAAGUAACUGUUCCUUGGAUAUAUGGAAAGCUAUGUGAUUGUCACAAGAUUCUUCCUCUGCAACGGAUGGCUAGAGGGAGAUAGGGUAAGAGUUGAGUGACCCUAAGUUGAGAGAAGAUGGAGAAAGAGUGGAAGAUCCAUUGGGUUUUUCAGGUGCAACAAGCAGAGACGGGUUGAUAACAGCCAUGUACAAAAAUGUCAAGCCAGAAUUUUAGCUAGUAAGCUAAGCAAAUACUAUAUAAUUUCACUAUGCUGUUUGGUAUCACUUAGGGAUUGUGGAGUGCUUUCUGCAUUAUACAUUUCAAAUACUGUCCAGUAUUAAGCAUCUGUGAAAUUAACUUGAAGUAUAAACAUGUAGCUUCCAUAAUCUGUCUUUGUUAUCAUUGUAAGUGGUGCAGUUAAAAGGAAUCAUCUGAACACGUCGGUGGGAGGAAAGGAAAGCUGAGAGGAUUGUGGAACAGUAGGAAGACGAGCAGCCGUGGGUCGGAUGCAGCCGGCUCUGGCGAGCAGCCGUGGGUCAGAUGCAGCCGGCUCUGGCGAGCAGCCGUGGGUCAGAUGCAGCCGGCUCUGGCGAGCAGCCAUGGGUCGGAUGCAGCCGGCUCUGGCUUGCUGUGUGGACUGUGCCUUUCCCAAGGUGACUCUAAGCAGGCUGAGUCUCCCUAGCUCUAGCCUGGUGCUAAAAGGAGAUUUUUGCACAAUCUUCCCAUGUGUCACUGAAAUAAGUGAAAGGCAUUGGGUUUAACAUUUUUCUGCCUAAUCCACAAAGGCUGUUUAUUUUUCAUUUUGUUAGCUUUUAUUUCACAUAUCAUACAUAAUAUCAUACAUUGCUCACAAUUCAGGAUUUUUUUUUAUAUAAAGCUCUUAUAUAAUACAGAAAUUUCUUUUACUAUUGCCCUAAUAGAACACAUAGACCAUAUUCAGUUCUUACUAAGAGGACAAUUGAGUUAAUGUCUUUAUACUAACAAAAUAUUUCUGUAUUUUCAAUUAUUUCCUUGGAAUAUUUUCUGAGUUAAUAAUAUAAAAUUAAAGAAUAUUUGACAACA